GCAGAGCUGCUGCUACUACUUCGCUAAGUGUCUUGGAAGGUGUCACUUUUCUCUAUUCCAGUGCCUGGUGUCCUGGUAUUUCAGAACUCAAGACAUGGACAAAAGAGCUGCUGCCACCCUGUUCUUCACAUUGUCUUUUUUUCAAAUAGCUUCAUGCCAGCAAGCAGUAAUGAAUGGCCUCCAGUGUUACAAAUGUAAGUUCGACCAGCCCUGCUCGGAUCCAUCAUCUGUGGUGAGCUGUCAAGAAGGAGAAGUUUGUGGCUUCAUAAAGGGAAACUCAGAAUACAAAGUUCACGAGCCUAUCUUUGGAACAGGCUGCAUCGAAGCCACAAAAUGCAGCAGUGACGAGAAGAUUAUUCAUUCCAGCAACCCAUUCCGGGUCAGCUACUCCUGCUGCAACACCAAUUACUGCAACAACGGCAACUCUAGAUUUAACCCUUCCAGAACUCACCUCACUUUGCUCUUUGUGGCCACUCUCUCCACCAUCCUAUUAACCUUCCUGAUUGCCUAGUUUUCCUGUUUUGUGAGAAAUAUGUCCCCUCCCAAACCCUGUCAGUGACUGGAUCCUCAAACACAAACCCAGCAGUUGGGAGCUCCAUGGCAGGAGCAGGUAGAAAAUAGAUCAGGACAGCUUUGGAGUAACAGUUGGGAGUAACAUUCAUAGCCUUUCUGUGGGCUUUCUUAUCAGGGCAAUAGGUUGGCUACUGUGUGAAACAGAAAAAUGGGUAAUCAGUUAGGCCUUCAUUCUGACACAGCAUGGCACUUCUUAAGCUACUAUUGUCAUAACCUUGCUCGACCUUGAGUAUCCACAACUACCCCCCAGUCAAUGGGACCAAAGGUAAGGGAUAGUAGGAACUGUGAUCUACCAAUACCCAAGGACCCUAGUUGGACAAAAUUUCCUGUUUCCUGUGUGCAACAUGAAACCACUUAUUACUGUGUCAUGAUUGCAAGGAUUCAUGAUCAGAGCAUCUAGCUGUGGAGAUGUCAAAGGAAUACAACCUCCACAAUGUUUGACUAUGUGACUGAUGAGGCUGGAAGUCACCCACACCUAGAAAGCCACAGGAUCCACACCACUGAUGUUAACCAAGUGUUCUUCAAUGUGCUUUAAACAUGUUCAGUAUUGUUAUUGUUGUUAUGUACACACCUUGGUAAUCCUUGCAAGAACUUGCUGAAGUUUAGCUCUAGUUGAUGACUCAGUUCAUGAAAUUUCAUUGUGGGUGAUGUUUGCACACAGCUUACAUUUAUGCUAGUGAAGGGUGACUGGGUAAAAUUGUUCCAGCAUGGCUUUUUCCAUUUGAUUGCUGUGGUGCAGCAGUGGUGGUGUAGUAGUUUGACCACUGGUUUGGCUGGGAGUUUGGAAAUCCAGGUUCAACUUUCAAGCUGAUCUUAAGCCAGUCACCAUCUCUCUGAGUAGCCUAUCUUCCAAUGUUUUACAAGAAGUGAGAAACUAUAUACAAUAACUUGCAAGAAAGCCAGGAUAUAAAUGUACGAGGGUUAUCCAGAAAGUAAGGUUGCAAGAUAUUUUUAAAUACAAAGAAUUAACAUAUUUUAAUAAAACUUACAUGAAUUAUAGCAUGGGUAUUACAUUAUUUUUCCACCAUUCAGUUCAAUACGUUUUGUCAUCUGUGGGAUGAGUUUUCGAUGCCUGUGUCAUAGAAGUUUCCCUCCGGCUUUUUUUAGCCAGUUUGUCACUUCAAUUUUCAGCUUGCUGUCAUCAGAAAAGUGUUUUCCACCGAAGUAUUCCUUCAAUUUAGUGAACAGAUGAUAGUCACUGAGUAUGAAACUGGGGCUGUGAGAGGGGUGGCUGAAAACAUCCCAACCAAAUGAAGUCAACAACUCUUGUGUUGAAUGAGCGGUGUGUGGGCGUGCAUUGUCAUGAAGGAGACAGACUCCCGCCGUCAGCAUCCUACAACACUUGUUUUGGAUGGCUCUGCAAAGUUUCUUCAGGUCUCACAAUAUAUUCCGUAUCCAUUUUGUCACAUGUUGUCUUGACAUUAUGUCCUCUCCAUAAACUGAAAUGAUUUCACGAUGAAUUGCAGCAGCGUUCAUGCCCUUAGCAUUUAGGUAGGGUAUUACAGUGCGAACUUUGCACUUGGAGGGAAACGGAAUGAGGAUGCCCAUCUCUAACCUUCACCACAAUACCAGUUGAUGAGCUACUGACAACUGGCUGUGCUCAUUCUCUUCCACUGGCUUCUUGCUACACAGCAGUGAUACCAACUUCCCACAAGGAAAUUCCCCAUGAGAGCUACGUGCCUUGUAACCUUACUUUCUGGAUUACCCUUGUAUAAUAAAUGAAUAAUACACUUUAGACAAGUUGCACACCCUCAGUUUUAAGGAACACAACUGUAAAUUUCUGAACAAAUCUUGUCAAGAAAGCCGCCCAACAGUGUUGCCUUUGGAUCACCACAGCUGGAAAUGACUUGAAGGCACACAACAAAGACAAGAUACAGAUGUGUGUGUGUUUUUCAUUAGAUCCAACAGAACUUUUCUUUAUACCAGAAGUGGAGAUUAUGUUGUCCCCAGAUACGGGCUGCCAUCCAGUUUAGUAUUUGUGAGAUAUAAGCUGGAUUUAAAGUCUUGUUACUUUCUGGAUUUGCAUGUAUGGUUAUUAAUGGCUAAGCAUGACUCCACAAAAAUCUACUUCUUAAGCAGGCAGUACUCCAAUCAAAGAGG